AACCGUGUAAGAACAGAAGCUGUGAUUGGUUGAAUGAGACUUGCUCUUUCUGCGUGUCUCUCAGCGUGGACAUUAGCAGUGAAGAGGAAGAUGGCGAACUGGUGUGUGCGAGUGAUCAGACAGAGCUCUUCUAUUAUAGCGUCUCCUUCACUUGUAAGGACGACCCCACGCCUCCUUUGCACAGCAGCCCAACAGAAAAGCUCAGGAACUGGAACCGAAGAAGAGAAUGGGACUCAGAAACCAGAGCCCGGUGCACCUGAGAAAGCCUUCACAGAAGAAAAGAUGCAACUGGAAGAACAGCUGAAAGAUGUUACGGAUAAAUACAAGCGGGCACUAGCAGACACUGAGAACCUUAGGCAAAGAAGUCAAAAGAUGAUUGAUGAUGCUAAGCUAUAUGGAAUUCAGGGCUUCUGUAAAGACCUCUUGGAGGUGGCUGACAUCUUAGAGAAGGCAACAGAAAGUGUACCGAAAACAGAAGUGUCUGCUGCAAAUCCUCACUUGAAAAAUCUUUACGAUGGCCUUGUAAUGACUGAGGUGCAGAUCCAAAAGGUCUUCAAAAAACACGGCCUUGUUAAGCUUAAUCCUGAUAGUCAGAAAUUUGAUCCUUAUGAACAUGAGGCUGUCUUUCAUGCACCUGUGGAGGGCAAGGAGCCGGGUACCGUAGCCGUAGUUACUAAAGUAGGCUAUAAGCUGCAUGGCCGCACCCUCCGGCCAGCUCUGGUGGGUGUAGUCAAGGCCCCCUAACUACUCGUACACUCUAUGGUGGGUCAUUGCCUGGUCUUAGGUUCCACAGCUUUUUUUGUUAAAGGUGCCUCUGAGAGGUGAAGUCCAAUAUGUUGACAACUGAAGGACAAUGCCAGACUAAUCUUUAUGUAUUAAUAAUGAUCAACAUAAAUAUUGUAAGAGUAUAUUAUAAGAGUUGAGUCUGUAUGCAGUAGAAGAUUCACUGAAUAUUGGAUUGGAUGCAACAUUAUUCCUUUGAGAAUCACCACCACCAUUCCAUCUUUUAAAGAAACACUGCAGCACAUUAUACUGUUGGACAUCUUUUCUCAAUAUACGUAUUUGCUCUUAUAUUAAUUACUUUACUAAAUUUUUUUUUUUUUUUUUUUUUUUACCAAUUUGGCCCCUACAUGUAUGAUGAUGUGUUGACAGCAGUUGUUAAAUUCCACUUGAUUUGUUUCUGUUUUUUGUUCAAAAAUAAAAUGUAUAUAAUUUUAUAAUAAUUUAAUUAA